GAGCGAGGGAGAGCGUGAGCGAAGGAGGGUGAGAGCGAGGGAGAGCGUGAGCGAGAGAGGGGGAGAGGGACAGAGAGAGAAGGAAAGAGAGAGUAGAGCGAGGGUGAUUGAGACAAAGAGUGAGAGAGAGAGGGAUAGAGAGAGAGGGAUAGAGCGAGGGUGAGAGAGAAAGAGGUAUAGAGAGACGGAGAGAGAGAAGGAAAGAGGGAGGGAGAGAGUGAUGGUGAGGAAAAGACAGGGAUCGAGAGAGAGGGAUAGAGCGAGGGUGAGAGACAGAUAGGGAGAGAGAGAGGGAUAGAGAGAGAGGAAUAGAGCGAGGGUGAGAGAGAAAGGGAGAAAGAAGUAGAGAGAGAGAGAGAGAGAGAGAGAGAGAGAGAGAGAGAGAGAGAAGGAAAGAGGGAGGGAGGGAGAGAAUGAGGGUGAGGAAAAGAGAGAGGGAGAGAGAGGGAUAGAGUGAGAGAGGAAUAGAGCGAGAGGGAGGGUGAGAGUGAGGGAGGGUGAGAGCGAGGGAGAGCCAGAGAGAGAAGGAAAGAGAGAGUAGAGCGAGGGUGAUUGAGACAGAGAGUGAGAGAGAGAGGGAUAGAGAGAGAGAGGGAUAGAGCGAGAGCGAGAGAGAGAGAGAGAGAGGGACACACACAUUCGGAGCAGCCCGCGCGGCAGUCACUUCAAGCUGUCCGAGCCCGAUGUAAGGGAGUCCUGCGCUCUUACUGCGCUCUGAAAGACAUCUCCCUGUACGUUAUUUUAAGGCUACGCCAUAGCGGCACAACGAGAGGACGCACUGCGAGCAUGAAACGGUACGUCGCCAUUGAACGAUUUUUUUAGGAAGCCUGCAUAUUACAGGAACUUCUGCGUGGUGUGGGCAUCUGUUUGGAAACUAAAGGAAGAAUGUGUCGUUCCGUUUUGGCCCCCCGCGAUAACUAUUACUUAAAGAUGAAAGUCAAUAACCAGGACCGGGAGAACAGCUUUAUCACGGCGGUGAAAAGUGAAGCCAGCUCAAGUCAUUUUUGGCCACAGUGCAAUUAAACGUGUCGGUCACCUUUGGUAUCCACUGAUGUCUUUUGGCGCCGUGCAUGACGCGCCGCGGGUGAGAGAGUGACCGAUUGCUCUUUUUCUGAGAGAAGAGAGAGGCUGGAUAAAAACAGCAUCCAGACAUUCGGGCAUCGCCAGCCAGCCCAUCCGAGCAGCCGUCUCGCCUCUUCCCUUGCUCCCCAGACCCAUGCAGGAUGCCCGAGGAUCGCCGGGGAGUCCUGGUCCAGCUCAGCCAGAGUUCAUGACGCGCUGGGCGGCCUCGUCAUGCGUCUCCUGCCCGAGCCCAGCGCCCAGUCCCUUCGGCUUCUCUUCCUCUUUAUCUUCGUUAUGGGGGUGGCCCCGUCUCCGGCUCUGACGGCCGGCUGCCCGGACAGAUGUGUUUGCGAUGACCAGCUGGUGGUCCAGUGUGCCGGACAGGAUCUGACCCUGUUCCCCAUGGAUCUCCCUCUCGCCACCAGGCAGCUCAUCAUCUCCAACAACCGCAUCGGAGACCUACCUGCGCUUCAGCUCAACUACCUAUCCGACCUGGUGUACCUGGACUGCAGCAACAACUCCUUGACCGAGAUCUCUGAGUCGACCUUCGGGAACCUCCGGAAGCUGGCCUACCUCGACCUGUCUUUCAACAACCUGCUUCAGAUCGAGGACCGGACGUUCGGGCCCCUGGCGUCCCUGGUGAUGCUCCGGCUGACGGAUAACCCGAGUCUUGGUGAGAUCCACCCGGACGCCUUCGCGGAGAACGUGGCGCUGCAGGUGCUGGACGUGAGUCGGAACAACCUGACCGCGCUCAACAUCAGCACGCUGAUCGCCUUGCCCUCGCUCCGGUCAUUGGGACUGAGCGGCAACCCGUGGCGGUGUGAUUGUGACACGGAAGACCUCUGUCUCUGGGUGCAGAUAGAGGGAUUCAAGUUUCAAGCAAUCCAGCAAAACUGUGUAUAUACUAGUAGCAGUAGUAAUGCAGCAUGUCACAACAGCCUCUCUAAUUAUGUGUGUCUGCCUUUCUCUACGUCGUUGAUCGUUGAUCUUUCUAUUGGCCUUUAUUUGAAUUUAUUUUAGUCACAGACACUGACUAAAAUUCCAAUGAUCAUUUAUAAAAUAAACGUUAUUAAAAACUGAAAUGAGACAAAUGUCAAGGAGCGAGGAUGGAGAAUCAAGAGUUGAUAGAGAAUUAAGAGAAAGGGCAGCCUCAGAGAGAGGGAGAGAGAAAAAGAGAGAGAUGUCUUUGUGUGCUGGAUGGAUUUUGCCCGCUGGAUUUGAGCUGCUUACGUGGUACAGCUUCAUCCCUAUAUCUCAAAUCCCAGGGCAAUUCCAAGAUUAAAAACUCAUUCUAUGUGACGUUUUCAACACAGUGCAUAAAGGUGAGCAGAAAAUGAAGGCAUAAGAAUAUACAAUGGCCGCAUUGGUAUUUGCACCCUGUUGUAUUGUUCACUCCAUUGCUUAUUGUUUCAGCGUCGUCCAAAAUGGAGUUGAAGCCUAGGAGAUUAGAGGCUGUAAAUAUUGGAUGGCCACCGCUGGUUCCUAUGGCUGCUCUAUGGUGGCCUGGCCUGCUCACCAACCCUAGGCACGCAGCCAUGAGGGAGGCCAAACCCGGGCAAGAGUUAAAUAUUCAUACAAAGAGAGAUCGUCUGUGGCCCAGAUCAGUCAAUCAAACCCAUUAAAACAUUCAUUAUGACAAGGAGACCGCCUUUCACCUAAAAACAAUUAGCCCAUACAUAAUUAAUCACCUGAAACAAUUACAGUAACAAUAAGGAUACCAUCUGAUGGAGCAUACAGCGUAUCAAAUGCAGAGCUGGCCUACUUAUCAGACGUGGCCAGUAUAGAUUUGGUUCUCUUCCUUUUGGUUUUACAAGGUGAGGUAGAAAACCCAGAUGGACCGCUGAAGUUUGCGUGGGUGUCUGAUGACGUUAAUACCUUAGGCAUGGUGUGGAAGUGUUUGCCCAUGCGUGCGUGUGUGUGUGUGUGUGAGAGCAUGCUUGCGUCUGUAUACCUUUCAGUGUCCCGACGUGUGGAGGCGGUGCUCCGAGCAAGGGAGUCCUGGUGACUGUACCUGCCAGUAUGCUGAUGUUUGGGACCACUCAUACAACUGGGAGGGAGAAGGGGAGAGAGGCGAGUAGAUCUUCACAGGAUCUUUGCUUGGUGUCUGGAAGUAGAAGUGUAGAAGUGAAAUUACGGUUCAUCAAGAGUAGUAAUAAGACAACCUUCUUCGACCCAAAAUAACAUUUCGCCUCUGCACGCGUGAAAACACGCAGUAAUCCACACAUCCAUAUUUAAUAUGUCGCUGGCGACAUGUCAACAAACACCAAAAAUAAACAAUCAUCAGCAUUCAAUGGAAAAUUGUAUAAAACGGAGGCGAUGGAAAGUACAGGAAUUUGUAAAUGGAAUGAAAAGAGACAGAUUGAUGGGAAAAGAGACAGAUCCCCGAAUGCCCCCUCUGGCGUAGCGAGGCGUGGGGGGGUCUCGCAGCGCCCGCGAGGGUGACUCUGACUGAUGUGUCCGCGGAGGACAGGGACGACGUGCGGCAAAGUACAGGCACACGUCAUUUAAACGUGGGCAGAUGCGGUAGAGAUAAGGUCGGCUAUUCUUAGCCGGCCACUUUACGACGCGUUAAGGUGGCCAGCGAGACGACGAAGGCGCUUCCGACGCUGUCCCAGUUGGGUUGGACAAUUAUUUAAUUUGGAGGUCCUCCGACUUCGUCAACAGCAUCAGACAGGCUUAAUACGCUUCACUGCUUUGUUUUCGCUCUCUUUCUUGGAGCCAUUAGUAGAGCACAGCGGUGCCGUACCCGUGGUGUCCUCGUAAUACUUUGCAUAAUGUGCACGCACGUACUUACUCACACUUCUGCCAGCACACACACACACACACAGAUGCAUACAUGGUACGAUUUGACACGCACCAUCAUUUACCAGCAUUCAUAUGCUUUGGCUUUGGCAGGCCAAGUGGGUCCGGGGCUCCCCCCACUCCCACCCACCCUGGUAAGCGUUUGCAGCCAUACAGAAUAACAUAUGCAUUGGAAUAAUUAGUACGGUUAUAAAUAGCACUGGUUGGUAGUCUACCCUGCAGGUUAAUCCCUCACAGCUGUGUGUGUGUGUGUGUGUGUGUGUGUGUGUGUGUGUGUGUGUGUGUGUGUGUGUGUGUGUGUGUGUGUGUGUGUGUGUGUGUGUGUGUGUGUGUGUGUGUGUGUGUGUGUGUGUGUGUGUGUGUGUGAAAGCG